GAAAGACGUGUUUUGUUUUAUUUCGGUAAACUGUAUGUUAAAAACAAGUAAAUUCAAGAUGAGACGAAUUGAUCGAAUUUUGUUUAGUGCCUUAAGACGAGAGGUUUACGAAAAGCCUGAGUUAUCAGAUGGGAGCGAUUUAGGAGAAAUUUCUGUGGCGAAGUUGUUCCAUCAGCUCUAAAUCGACAUGAUAAUCAAUCGACAUACUAAGCAGAUAUUACCUUCCUAUCUAUGUACUACGUCAACAUUAUUUACAAUGUACUUGCAUGGAAAUAUACCAAAGGCUCCUUUAGUAUUUGAAGCAGAUGCGCCCAUGAACAUCAACUGCGAAGAUAACGGAUUUCCAGAUACUAGUAAUCUUUUGUGCUCUCCAGCGCCUCUGGCUGUAAUUACACAUAAUGCAAUCAUGGGAUCAGGUAGUAAACCAGAUAUGGAGUCUCCAGCUGCUCCUGUGUACUCUCUACUGACUCCGCUUGUGACUGCGAGAAAAGCCUGAUCGGAAACAAGUGUAGAAUCAUCAGCUGCUUCUGCAUUUUCUCCAUUAACUCCUCUUGCUACACGAAAAGAACUUCAAAACAAAGGAACCGUAGAUAAUUUUUCACCACUACCUUCGAUGUCACCAAAUACAUUAAAGAUGCUUGAAACCCUUUGCCGAGAUUUUUCUACAGUUGAACAUGAGUAUAUUGAUAUGUUAAAAAGAGGGCACCGUAAUUGUGUUAUUUAUAAUGAUCCUAAACAAGAUAGAGACUAUGACGACGAUACAGAUUCUGAUUAUGUACCAAACAGUGGAGAGGAAACUAAUGUUUCGCAUUCAUCUGUAAAGCAAAAUAAAUGGAAGAGCUUUCAAGUUCUCGAGAGCGACAGUUCAGACGAUGAAACUAUACAGAGGGGUUUGAUUUCAUCUCAUAUUGCUAUGGUGCACGAUAAUCAAACUAGAACUGACAGAACUACACAAAUGCUACACAAUUAAAGUCCGUUCAUUGUUUCAAAUGACACAACGGUAGACGAACUAAUUUCAACGUAUCUCAGGCUCAGAUACUGAAGCAGUUCAUCCUAAAGCGGAAAUUGUUCGUCUCGUUACUGAAAACAAUGACGCAACGCAAACUUUGGGCAAAAAAUUAAAAAUAUUACUUUUUCUUAGACGAAAAAUAACAACUGAAACUUCAAACGCCCACAACUCAAAAGUGACUUUGUGUGCAUUGAGUCCUUUCUGCUUAACUACGUCCAAUAGAGUAUUUACUUUUACUGAAUUUAUUUUAAUAUUUAUUUUCUUUGAAGAUAUCACUUUUUUAAUUUACGGUUUUUAAUAUGCCAUUUAUGGUGCUAGGUUCAAAACUCGGAUCGGGAGAAUUCAGCUGUGAAUCAAUAUUAUGUAUUAUAAAAUUCUCAGUAACAUCAGGAAUUCGGCGUCGUUUCACCUUCGUGCAACGGAAAACACGUAAAUCAGUUGAUCUUGCGUCUGAUCAAUGUCUGGUCGUCCCCGAUUGCCGUCCUAUCGGAUCAUGAAAGUGAGGGAAAAGAGAUUAUACUUGUGCAAUAUAAGCCAUACUCAAGAACACACUUUUGCACUAUAAGCCUGUCCUGCGAUGAUAGCUAGUCUCUGUUUGAGAUUAGACACCAAGACCGAAAUUAGAUAGCCUAUGUCACUUUAAAUUAUCAUAUUAAUCCCUUGCCUUGUCGUGAAAUAUGAACAAAUUAACAAAAACACUUUCGCAUUUAUAAUAUUAAAAAUAGAGUAAGGAUUCGUAUCUCAAACAAGUAGUUAGCGAUUUACAAAUGAAGUUUAUUCAUAUUUAUUUUUCAAUUCGCAUAUGUACACGGGUCAUUUUUAGGUUAAAUUUAUUUCUGUAUGUAAGAUACUUAAAAAGGAUAAUGACCGUGUGCGAGCACUAUAAGAAUACUCUUAUAAUACCUAUAGAAAAAACGUAAUAGGUUUUAUCGUUUACUUUUAUUGUCGGCUAGCACUAAAAUAAACAUGUUCCAAGAAAUCGAGUCUGAUUUGUAACCUUCACGUCUGAUUGCUCAAAAUGUAACGUGAUUUGAAGUUAAGUUGUAAUUCGUAUUAUACAAAAGAAUUAUUUUUGUCAUUGUAUGAUUUCUUUGAACAUGUGAUCAAAGUUUUUUAUUUAUAUUCUACCUCACUAAAGGUGCAAAAAUAAUAAAACCAUAGAGUAAGUAGCGAACGUGUUUACUUAAUCCAAUACAAGAAGGCAUAAGCGCCGAGCUGUUAUGCCGCAUACCGCUUUAAUUUAAAAAUGUAAAGUUACAAAUUAAGUACGUGCUCAGGGUUAAAGAAACAAGUCUUAAGAAAACUGCAAACCAAGAAACUAAUUUAAAAUCAUAUUUUAUUAUUCUUGAAAUCGGAGCAGGUAACGUGGUUUAGAUGUCCCAUUAUAUUAUAUUGAAAGCACCUUUUUUAGCACCUGGUUUGCGGUAGGAUAACUCUUCAUCGUUUUUUUAUAGAUUAAUCUGACAAACGAGCACACAGUACGUGAUACAUUAUGGUUGUAGCAUGAAUAGGUCGGCUCGGCUGCGCAGUGCUGCUAACUUUUUUAUGAUAUAUGUAGAGAACCGGAUACCAUUUUUACUGGAAACGAGGUAUUCCACCUUAGUCUUCAUGGGUGACAACGCAUCUGCAUUUUGAGGAUAGAUGUAGAUUUCUAUGGGCCCGCAUCCACUUACUAUUAGGUGGUGUGUGUGCUCGUUUGUCACCCUUGUUCUGUAAAAAAAAAAUAACAUUCCACCUGAUGAUAAGUGAGUACUGUGGCCCAUAACUACAUUUGUCCUUGAUUUAAAAUUAAAUUAUCUGCCUUGUUUCUAGUAAAAAAGUUCACCGGCAUUGUACACUCACCAUACGUAACACAGCAGCAUUAAGAUGUUAUUUUAAGUUGGUAUUCUGUAAGAGCAUGAACCUUCCAUGGUUGAGCCUACCUAUUCGUGCUACAACUAAAUAGCUGCAUUAUGACUCUUCCACGUAAAUUAUGCGUAAAGCUGACAAUAGAAAUUUUUAAUUAUUCCACAAGAGUACAGCUGUAACAGAAAAAGGGUAGGGAAAUAUUGUUAAAGCGGUUUUAACCAUUCGACAGGUCCACCUUUAACUUAUAUCCUGCGAUAAUUAUCACUCCGAAAUAUGAGAACGUUUUCAUAAUAUUUUAUACUCUCCUUAUUACGCGAUUCUUAUUAUGCAUCCAAAAAGUCUAUAAUGGCAUGAAGCGUACACACGCUUCACGCCAUGACUUUCUAGAAAAAUUCUUUAGAACAAUUCGACUAAAGUACACUUUACGUGAUAGAGCCAAGCUGCAGCUAUAACAGUAGUAUAGUUGUAGCACGAACGGGUCGGCUCGACCGGGGAAGGACCACGCUCUCACGGAAUACCAGCGUAAAAUAGCAGCUUAACACUGCUAGUAGGUGAGAAUUGGGGCUUCUGCGUCACUUUCUCUCGCUUCGCUCGAGCAACAUGCCGCUGAAGGCCCCAAUUCUCUCCAUUAGAGGUCUAAAUUUUUAGUCUUAUUCUCGAUCCUCUCUUUUAUAUCUUUGCUUCAUUUCUAAUACCGUUUCAUUCGGAAUCUCAAAUACAAAUGGUUUAAUAAUAUAACAACAAAAUAUAAAGGCUAAUCUAUGUCAUCGUUAAAAAUGCAAGGUGGUACAAAAAACAGUUACUUUAAUAAUGAGUACUAUUGAAACUUUUUUUUUCUUCUUCUCGAACACAAAGGUAGUUUAAAUUAAAAGAUGAAGUGUUUAUUUACAUAAUUAUUUUGUUGGAAAUCAAACAAUCAUUUUGUUUUCAAAACACCAUUUCUUAAUACAUAAAACAUUUUUAACGCACAUAUUUUCUUAUAAGUAAAACAGUUAUACAGUAAAGUAUCUUUACAAUAAAGUUCACAAGGAGUAUUUAAAUUGGGAGCUCCUAAGCAACUUAUAUCUAUGAUACGAGUAUAGUAUUAUUUUCAUCACAAAUAUCUUGCACCCAUUUAAUUUUUUCACAUCCUUUUAAAAAAAUAUUUUUGUCUUUCAAAUAUGUCUUUAUAAUUCUUUUUUUAAUUAAUAAUUUAUAUAGAGUAAAAAUAGUAAGAAAUUAUAUAAUUAAUAAUUUCGUACUCUUUUUUUUAAUUAAUAAUAUUUUGAGUUAUGUUAUAUCUUUUCAACUUAUAUUUAAUUAUUAUUAAUUUCACAAAUCUAUAAAAAUAAACAUAUUUCUUAUUUGUUU